AUGCUCAACACAACAAACAAGUAUUGUGCUACACAAUACUCUCUCUCUCUCUCUCUCUCAAUCUUGUGUCAGUGUGAGUAUUGUUGGCAUGUGAUAUUUCUGACUCCCUCGUUUAUCUGUCGGCGCUUUCACAACUCUCACACACACACCUCCCCUCCCUCCAAAUUCCUUUUUUUUUUUUUUUUACUUUCUCUUUUUACUCUCUCUCUCUAUCUGUUACUUUUACUACUACUGUGUUACUUAGUUAGUUAGGAUUAGGACUAGUACUGUAGUAAUUUGUCCCUUAAACUUCCCUUUCAAGUCUCAACCCGUGACACACACUUACACUUACACUGCGAACGUCAUUUAUUUAUUUAUAUAUAAAUAAAUAACAACACAACACAACACACUCAUAAUAACUCAUUCUCAUUCUCAUUUUAUAGAAAAAACAAAAUGGCAGCAGCAUUUCUGUGCGUCUUUCUCCUAAUUGGAGCAACAAUCAGCAACAACGCAGCAGCACAUGACUAUAACGAUGCAUUAUCGAAGGCGAUUCUCUUUUUCGAAGGACAACGAUCGGGAUUUCUACCACAAGAUCAGAGACAGAAAUGGCGUGCUAAUUCCGGUUUGAGUGAUGGAUGGACUUAUAACUUUGAUCUUACCGGUGGUUAUUACGACGCCGGUGAUAACGUUAAAUUUGGGUUUCCGAUGGCAUUUACAACUACAAUGUUGGCUUGGAGUGUGAUUGAAUUCGGUGAUAACAUGCCUCCGAAUGAACUCAGAAACGCUUUGGUCGCAAUUCGUUGGAGUACUGAUUAUUUGCUUAAGACCGUUUCUCAACCUAACCGCAUUUUCGUUCAGGUGGGUGACCCAAUUUCAGACCAUAACUGUUGGGAGAGACCAGAAGACAUGGACACAAGCAGGACAGUGUAUGCGGUUGAUGCACCUAACCCAGCUUCUGAUGUCGCCGGAGAAACAGCUGCCGCACUUGCUGCUUCAUCUAUGGCAUUCCGUUCAUCGGAUCCCGGUUAUUCAGAGACAUUACUCCGAAAUGCUGUUAAUGCCUUUCAAUAUGCAGAUAAUUACAGAGGUGCAUACAGUGACAAUGCCAAUAUUAAGGAUGGUGCCUGCCCUUAUUAUUGUGAUUUUGAUGGAUACCAGGACGAAUUGUUAUGGGGAGCCGCAUGGUUAAGGAGAGCGACGCAGGGUGACAAUUUCCUCAACUACAUUCAAAGCAAUGGUAAAACACUUGGUGCUGAGGAUAACAUAAAUGAGUUCGGUUGGGACAACAAGCAUGCUGGCCUUAACGUUCUUGUCUCCAAGGAAGUGCUAGAAGGAAAUGUAGAAUCUCUUGAAUCAUACAAGACCUCAGCAGAGAGCUUCCUAUGCACACUAUUACCAGAAACAUCAAGUUCACACAUAGAGUACACUCCUGGUGGACUCAUAUACAGACCUGGUGGAAGCAACUUACAACAUGCAACUUCAAUUGCUUUUCUUGAAUUGGUCUAUGCAAAUUACUUAUCUCGCACGUCACAGACCAUAAACUGUGGAAAUGUUUAUGUUAGUGCACAGACACUUCGGGAGCGUGCUAAGAAACAAGUUGAUUACAUUUUAGGUGACAAUCCAUUGGGUUUAUCUUACAUGGUUGGUUAUGGUAAUAACUAUCCACAACGCAUUCAUCACCGUGGUUCAUCUUUACCAUCUAUUAAUGACCAUCCUCAAAAGAUUGCUUGCAAAGAAGGUUCCAUUUACUUCAACUCAACAAAUCCUAACCCAAAUGUUCUUGUAGGAGCCAUUGUGGGAGGACCUGCAGAAGAUGAUGUUUAUGUGGAUGACAGGGCUGAUUUUAGAAAGUCUGAGCCAACCACAUACAUUAAUGCACCAUUUGUUGGGGUUUUAGCAUAUUUUGCUGCUAAUUAAUCCCAUUACUCCUUAAUUGGUCACUGGUAUAUGAUUAUUAUAUACAGAUCUAAGUAUGUUCUUUUGUAGAUAGAUAUAUAUAUAUAUAUAUAGGAAAGGUUAAUGUGUCUCUCAUCUUGAGAAAAGCAAGAAGGAAGAGGCUUCCUUGUGUUGUCUGGAUACCUAGGAAUUCUGCAGAAUUUGAAGUGUCACAAAAUAUGUGACUUUUUCCAUUGGAUGGAUGAAAAACAAGAACUUCUCGACUACUGUAAUGUUUUUUUUCUUUCUUGAAUUUGACAAGAAUUGAGUGAGAUUGUCAUAUUGUGGUUGUUUAUUAGUAAUUAUCUUGAAGUUAGC